AUGAGAAUUGUCAUCUUGGGAAAAACUGGAGCUGGGAAAAGCAGCUUGGCAAACACCACAUUUGGAGAGGAUGUGUUCAAUGUUUGUGCUUCUUCAAACUCUGGAACAAGUCAGUGCAAAGCAGAAACCAAACCUGUCAAAGGAAGAAACAUCACUUUGAUCGACACUCCUGGUUUGUUUGACACAAAUAGAUCAGAGGAGGAGAUGAAGCCUGCGAUAUUGAAGUGUCUCAUGGAGUGCGCUCCUGGGCCUCAUGCUUUUCUCAUUGUGCUCAAAGUGGAGAAAUUCACAGAGCAGGAGAAGGCUGUCAUCGAUAAAAUAAGUGAAUACUUUGAGGAAAAAUUAUUUAGAUAUUCAACAGUUCUCUUUACUCAUGGAGACCAGCUCUCUGAUGGAAAGACCAUUAAGGAUUUUGUUUACCAGAAUGAGCUUAUGCGUGACCUGGUGAAGAAGUGUGGUGAUCGGUGCCACGUCAUUGAUAAUAAAUACUGGAAUGACAAACCACAGGGCGAAUACAGGAGCAACCAGUUGCAGGUGGCUGAGCUACUCAACACAAUCGACAAGAUGGUGGAAAACAACGGAGGCUGCUACACCAAUGAGGUGCUGCAAGCAGUGGAGGAAAAAAUACAGCAAGAAGAGGAGAACAUCAGACAGUCAUCACCAAACAUGACAAAGGGAGAGAUCAGAGAGCAGGCUAAAGUCAGUGUGUUUAGGAGGAUGUUGAGCAAAUUGGGAACUACUGGAGUGGUUUCAUUGCUGGGAGGUCUGUUUGGUGUAGCAACCUCUGUUGCAAUGAUUCUUCUCAAGUAAACAGAUUUGUGCUACAAAGCCCUGUACCAGUACUUUCUCAUGAGUUAGUGUAGUGUCCACAAGUCCAAAGCAGACAUGUUGGAACUUAAUAUAUUCGUAAUAGACUGGCCUUAAUACAUGUAUAAUAUAUCAGGAGUUCACAACUUAAAGUUACAUUUUCACUAAAGACCUUUGGUUACUGUACACUGGAAACAUAAUACCAGUUUUGAAUGUAUUGGGGUUUUUUUCAGACAACUAAACUGAUAAGAUGAAUGAAUGAACUGCUAAAACUUCCCUCAACUCCUUAAAUGAAGUUUGGAAAGAAACAAAAUUAGCAUAUUUCCCAGCAUGCAUUGUUGGGGAGGUAAAAC